AUGUGGCCAAUAAAUUGCGCUGCGGAGGACGCUGCUGUUGCUGCUUCGGGCGAGCGGUCGGAUCUUGUCCAUCGCACUUACAAGUGGGGCACCGUCAUCGCCGGCCUCCUCGCCGGCAAUCUCCUCAUUGGGCCCGUUCUCUGCGUGAUCGCGCUCUCGGUCCAGUAUGUGCGCGUCGAGGAGUAUAAGUCGGGCUUGUGA